CUCAUUCUAUACAAAUAGAUACACCAUCAAUGAACCCUACUACAAGUCACCCAUCACCACUACACCCCAACGCCUUCCGCUACCACCACAAAUCCAGACUUUUCUUUCAUGGCUUUGGUUAUAUCGCCCCCCAACCACCGUUCCCACACCUUCUCUGCUCUCACCCCCACCACCCCACGAACCCUGGUCGGUCCAAUUCUGAGACGCUGCAUUCUGAAAAGGAUCAAACUUUCCGUCACCUACACAACCUCUCUCCAAUCUAGAAUUAGAUAUGUGAUCAAAUGCCAGAGUUCUGAGGAUUCUCAAGCCCUGGUGCAGCGGUUAGACAAUGUAGCGAAUGCAAACUUGGGGUCAGCGGAGCAGGAGGGGGGUUUGGGGAAUAUCGUGGUGUCGAAUGAGGCGGUGCGGCGGCGAAGGAAGUGGAAUUCUUUGGAUGUGGGCACAGCCGGAGUUAUUUUGGCAAUGCAUUUUCUGAGUGUAUUCGCCCCUUUUGUGUUCAACUGGAGUGCCUUUUGGCUUGCCAUGGCCCUCUAUGCGGUGACUGGUCUAUUGGGUAUUACGCUGUCCUAUCAUAGGAACCUUUCCCACAAGAGUUUUAAGCUUCCCAAAUGGCUUGAGUACUCUUUCGCCUACUGUGGGGUUCAAGCACUUCAGGGGAAUCCCACUGACUGGGUUAGUACACACAGGUACCACCACCAGUUCUGUGAUUCUGAGAGAGAUCCACACACCCCCAUGAGAGGAUUUUGGCAUAGUCACAUGAAUUGGCUCUUUGACCACAAUUCUGUAACUGAGAAGUGUGGAAAACCAAAUAAUGUUGGGGACUUGGAGAAGCAACCCUUUUACCGGUUCAUUUCAAAGACUUACAUUCUUCAUCCAGUGGCUCUUGGAGCUUUGUUAUACGCAUUGGGUGGCUUUCCCUUCCUUGUGUGGGGAAUGGGGGUGAGGAUUGUAUGGGUUUACCACAUAACAUGGCUUGUGAACUCAGCUUGCCACGUCUGGGGAAACCAAGCAUGGAACACAGGCGAUCUCUCCAGGAACAACUGGUGGGUGGGAUUGCUUGCAUUCGGAGAGGGGUGGCACAAUAAUCACCAUGCUUUUGAAUACUCCGCUCGUCAUGGCCUGGAAUGGUGGCAAAUUGAUAUGACUUGGUACGUGGUUAGGUUCCUUCAAGCUCUUGGAUUGGCAACCGAUGUCAAAUUACCAACUGAGCUUCAUAAGCAACGGAUGGCUUUCAACAACUCAACUCUGCUCACAUGAAGAUUGCCUCUGAAACUGUCGCUGCUACACCUUUUACUCUUUACUGAAAUUCAUGUCCAUAUGGUUUAUUAGACUUCAUACUAACUAAUAAAUAUGAGCCCUUUUUGCCCUAUUUUUA